AUGGCUGAAGAGAUCGAGUACGCAGACUUGGCCCCUGCAAAUUCUACAAAGAAACACACGCAAGACAAAGACAAAACCCGCGGUCAAAUAACAGGAAUAGACGCCAAUGAUAAUACCGAGAUCAACCUCGAAGCCAAGCAUAACCUGGCAGAACACGUUGUCCUCCUCAAAAAAGGCGCUCUCGUGGCCCAAAACCCCAGCGGAGCAGCUCUUCUUGACGGCGAAUACGCACUCACAGCAAAAGAGUUGCAUCGCCUCGAGCGCGAAACUACACAUCGAUGGGAUCUACCGCGCCGUCUUAUCCUCACCAUAAUAACAUGCUCCAUCGGUGCUGCUGUCCAAGGCUGGGAUCAAACCGGUUCCAACGGCGCAAACAUCUUCUUCCCCAAAGUCUUUGGGAUAGGGAGUGAGAGCACGAGGGAUAAACUACUCGUUGGUCUCGUGAAUGCGGGACCGUACCUUGGUUCUGCGGUGAUAGGAUGUUGGUUAUGUGAUCCUAUCAAUAACCUAUUGGGUCGUCGAGGUGUCAUUUUCGUUGCAGCACACUUUUGCAUAUGGCCUACUAUCGUCUCUACCUUUUGUCAAACAUGGCAGCAGUUCCUUGGUUGUCGCAUCCUAAUGGACAUCGGUAUGGGUGUCAAAGGUUCGACGGUCCCUAUAUACGCCGCUGAAAACGCCCCAGCAUCUGUCCGCGGCGCACUCGUCAUGUCAUGGCAGAUGUGGACAGCCUUUGGCAUCUUUCUUGGAACAGCCUUCAACCUCGCCAUAUUCCAUCUCGAGGGCGGUUUAAACUGGCGUCUCAUGCUGGGCGCUCCCUUUAUCCCUGCCGUUCCGCUCAUGCUUCUCAUCUAUCUCUGUCCUGAGUCACCACGCUGGUACAUGAAGGAGAACCGGUACCCAGAAGCCUGGACCGCGAUGUUGAAACUUCGACAUGAUCCUAUCCAAGUUGCGCGGGACAUGUACUACAUCAGUUGCCAGCUAGAGAUUGAGAAGCACUUGGCUGGAAAGACGAACUAUGCUACACGCUUUGCACAGUUAUUUACAGUUCCGCGGGUCAGAAGGGCGACGCUUGCUGCGUUUACGGUUAUGAUUGCGCAGCAGAUGUGUGGUAUUAAUAUCAUCGCGUUCUACUCUACUACUGUGUUUAAAGAGGCUGGUAUGUCCGACUUUAAAGCUAUGGUGGGCUCUUUUGGGUUUGGCCUUGUGAACUGGUUAUUCUCUUUCCCUGCGUUCUGGACUAUUGAUACAUUUGGUCGACGGAGUUUGCUACUCUUUACAUUCCCUCAGAUGACUUGGACACUGCUUGCUGCCGGUCUCUGUACUCUCAUCUCCAAGGACACAGGCGAUCUUCGCACCGCUCUCGUGUGUCUCUUCGUUUUCCUCUUCGGGGCAUUUUAUUCCCCUGGUGAAGGACCCGUCCCAUUUACAUACGCCGCUGAAGUCUUCCCCCUCUCCCACCGCGAGACAGGGAUGGGAUUUGCAGUCGCGACUUGUUUCUUCUGGGCCAGUGUUCUCGGAAUAUCAUUCCCUUUUAUCCUCGAUCGUCUGCAGACUGUUGGUGCAUUCGGAUUGUACGCAGCAUUUAACAUGGUCGCUUUCAUCAUGAUUUUAUUCUGGGUCCCUGAGACGAAACAACGUACUCUUGAGGAACUGGAUUGGGUUUUUGCUGUGCCUACGGGCAAGUUCGCUUCGUAUCAGCUUCGAGUCGCGAUUCCGUAUUGGUUCAAACGGUGGGUGCUUUUGAAGAAGGAUGUCACCAAGGAACCUCUCUAUGAGUUUGAGGUUGUUGGCGAUACUGGUAACUCCGAUGCUAAAAAGCCUGAAGAGAGAGCUUAA